CAUCAACCCACAAAAAUGCAGCACUCGGUUACAUGCCCCUAUAUAUCUCACAGGUCACACGCCACUAACCGCCUUUUUCCGCUCUAUAUAAAACUCGCUCCCAUCCAAGAUAAGCACAAAUCUGGAAUUGCAUUUGCCCCCUCAACUAUGUCACAGUUCCUUCUCUUCGCCGUGCUCUUGGCAAUAGCCUUCUCAUCGUCGGUGAGUUCUGCGAGGACGUUAGCCGCGGCUGACAUGUCCACGGGCCAGGCCGGCGGAACCGAGAGCCCAACAGGUGCCACUGGCUCAGGCCACGGCCCCAACUGGGACUACAACUGGGGCUGGGGUUCAAGCCCCGGGAGUGGCUGGGGCUUCGGUUCGGGGUCUGGCCGCUCGCCUACUGGAUUCGGCAAGGGAUUCGGGUAUGGUUCUGGCUCGGGGACAGGAUCAGGAUCUGGGUUCGGGUAUGGUUCGGGUGGAGGUGCUCGCGGCGGAGGCUACGGGUUUGGAAGCGGCUCUGGCAGAUCUGGAGGUGGUGGAUCAGGCAGCUGGAGCAGCAGUUCUGGUGAAUCCGGCUCCGGCAGUCACUCCCCAUCCUACUCUAGAGACAGAGACCACCUUGGUUAAUAUGGCAGGCCAUAUUAAGCUUACGAAAGAGCUUACCUUCUAUAGAAAAUACAGAGUCCCCAUGUACGAGAUGAUGUUUUCAGCCUGAGAUAUAGGUAUAUAUGGGCAGAAUAAUGUCAGCAGGAUAGUACCAAUGUCCAUCUUUUAUACUACUAAUACUACCAGAAUUAGCAAUGUAUGUUCUGGAUCA